AUAAAUGACCCACAGGCCCCCUGUUGUUCAGAAAGAGCUUGUCAUUGCAAAUCAGCUUAGCCACCCAAUUAACGAAUCCUUUCAAACAUGUUGCAGGCCCAAUAAUUAAAGCCUUUAUUUUCCCCCUUUACCACAGAAAUUCCUCUGGAUACAAGUUCCUACCGUGAACCCUCACCCACCCAUCUCCAUCAAAGACUCGAGGUAAAGGAAGAAGGGAAAUGUGCUUCUGGACAAAUCGUUUGGUAUUCUCGGUGCUGUCGUUCCUUCUGCUCAGCCUUGUUCCUUCUACUGAGACAGAAAACCCCUCCACCCAGGAUGGUGGUGGCACUUGGAGUCCUGGCCAACUGACAGAAGUCCUCCGAGGUCUCUCUGCUGGUGACCACCCGCCCCUGAACCACUCACGAAGCUUCAUCAAAGCAUUGCUGGAGAAAACCGGCUGCCCACGCAGCACCCGCGGGAUGCAAGGAGACUGCCAUCUGUGCUUUGAACCAGAUGCCCUGUUGCUAAUAGCUGGAGGAGAUUUUGAAGACCAGCUCAGAGAGGAAGUGGUACAGAGAGUUUCUCUUCUCCUCCUCUAUUACAUUAUUCAUCAGGAGGAGAUCUGUUCUUCAAAGCUCGACAUGAGCGAUAGGGAGUAUAAGUUUUACCUACACAGCCUCCUCAGCCUCCGGCAGGAUGAAGACUCCUACUUCCUCUCCCAGAAUGAGACGGAAGAUAUCCUGGCAUUCACCAGGCAGCAUUUCCACACUUCUAGAAGCCAGUGUAUGGAAACCCAAACGCUGCAGAGAAAGUCUGGAAUCCUGAGCAGUAAUGGCGCUGAUGAAAAUACACUUCCUCGGCUGGCGGCAAUGAUCAUUGCUUUGUCCCUGCAAGGCGUUUGUCUGGGGCAAAGAAACCUGCCUUCCCCAGACUAUUUCACAGACUAUAUUUUCAGUUCCUUGAAUAGUACGAAUACUCUCCAUGUGUCGGAAUUAGACCAACUUCUCAAUAGUCUUUGGACCAAAAGUACGUGUAUCAGGAAAGACAAAAUCUAUCAACUUCAAAGGAAACGAAACAACACAGCAAUCCAUGGUUGGAAGUACCCUAAUCUAUCUGUACCCAGGGACCAAGAGUCAGAUGAUGGUCCAAUUUCCUGGGAUCAGACUUGCUUCUCUGCUGGGCAGCUGGUGGAGAUAUUUCUACGGAACAGCCUUUCACCCAUUUCUAAGGAGGACUUUAAGCAAAUGAGUCCGGGAAUCAUCCAGCAAUUGCUCAGCUGUUCUUGCCAGCUGCCCAAAGACCAACAAGCAAAUUUGCCACCCACCACUCUGGAGAAAUAUGGCUACAGCACAGUGGCUGUGAUGCUGCUCACCCUAGGUUCCAUGCUUGGGACAACACUGAUCCUUUUCCACAGAUGCGAGGAGAACUACAGGCUGAUUUUACAGCUGUUUGUGGGCCUGGCUGUUGGGACACUCUCUGGGGAUGCUCUCCUCCACCUUAUUCCUCAGGUCCUUGGUUUACAUAAACAGGAAGCCUCAGAGUUUGGACAUUUCCAUGAAAGCAAAGAUCACAUUUGGAAACUGUUGGGAUUAAUUGGAGGCAUCCAUGGAUUUUUCUUGAUAGAAAAAUGUUUUAUUCUUCUCGUAUCACCGAGUUCUAAGCAGGGUGUGUCUUUGGCUAACGGGCAUGUGGGACAUGCCCACCGUCUUGCACUCAACUCUGAAUUAAGUGACCAGUCAGGCAAAGGCAAAUCUGCUUCAACUAUCCAGUUGAAAGGCCCAGAAGAUUUUCAGGCAGCUGAAAUUCCUAUAGGCCAUGUGACAACCUUCAACAGAAAAUGCAAAUCCAUUAGCUUGUUAGCAAUAAUGAUACUGGUUGGGGACAGCCUGCAUAACUUUGCAGACGGCCUCGUAAUAGGAGCGGCCUUCUCAUCUUCAUCCGAAUCGGGAGUGACCACGACAAUCGCUAUCUUGUGUCACGAAAUUCCACAUGAAAUGGGAGACUUUGCUGUGCUCCUGAGCUCUGGACUUCCUGUUAAGGUCGCCAUCUUGUUGAAUUUUAUAAGUGCUCUAACUGCCUUCAUAGGGCUGUACAUAGGCCUCUCAGUAUCAACUGAUCUAUGUGUUCAAAACUGGAUCUUGACAAUUACUGCUGGGAUGUUCUUAUAUUUAUCCUUGGUGGAAAUGCUUCCUGAAAUGACUCAUGUUCAAACACGGCGACCCUGGUUGAUGUUUCUCCUGCAGAAUUUUGGAUUGACCCUAGGUUGGCUUUCUCUGUUACUGUUGGCUAUAUAUGAACAAAAUAUUAAAAUAUAAGUUGAUACUCAAAAUCCUUCAACUAAGAAUUUAUAUGGCCUCAUUUUAUCUCUUUUGUUGUACUCUAUAGUGAUUUAUAAAUGAAGUAUUUUUUAUCUUCGGUGAA